CUAACUGGUCCAUCAUCAGGGAGGUGGCACGUCACAGGUGCUGCAUAUGCUGCUCAGGAGCUUUGGUGCACGAAACGAGGGCAUAGUUCAGCCCAGGUGCUAAUGAACAACUGUGCGCAGCACUGAUGGAUAGUACAACGCUCCUUCACAGCGCUGCAGAUCCCCUGUCAGCUUCAACUCUGGAGGCGAUGGGUCGAAAAGAGGAGGAGGACUGUAGUUCCUGGAAGAAACAGACCACCAACAUCCGGAAAACCUUCAUCUUCAUGGAAGUGCUGGGGUCAGGCGCGUUCUCAGAAGUGUUCCUGGUGAAGCAAAGAGCGACUGGGAAACUCUUCGCCCUGAAGUGCAUGAAGAAGUCACCGGCCUUCCGGGACAGCAGCCUAGAGAACGAGAUUGCUGUGUUGAAAAGGAUCAAGCAUGAGAACAUCGUGACCUUGGAGGACAUCUAUGAGAGUACUACCCACUACUACCUGGUCAUGCAGCUUGUUUCUGGUGGGGAGCUCUUUGACCGGAUCCUAGAGCGUGGUGUCUACACAGAGAAGGAUGCCAGUGUGGUGAUCCAGCAGGUCUUGUCUGCAGUGAAAUACCUCCAUGAGAACGGCAUCGUCCACAGAGACCUAAAGCCGGAAAACCUGUUGUACCUCACCCCUGAGGAGAACUCCAAGAUCAUGAUCACUGACUUUGGUCUGUCUAAGAUGGAGCAGAACGGAGUCAUGUCCACAGCCUGUGGGACCCCGGGCUACGUGGCUCCAGAAGUGCUGGCCCAGAAGCCUUACAGCAAGGCUGUGGACUGCUGGUCCAUCGGCGUCAUCACAUACAUACUUCAUGAAAUCUGGUCCUUAGCUGUGUCUCUAAUGUUCCCCUUAGCUAAAGAUUUUAUUUGCCACCUGCUGGAGAAGGACCCAAAUGAACGGUACACCUGUGAGAAGGCCCUCAGGCACCCCUGGAUUGAUGGGAACACUGCCCUGCACCGGGACAUCUACCCAUCUGUCAGCCUUCAGAUCCAGAAGAACUUUGCCAAGAGCAAGUGGAGGCAAGCCUUCAAUGCGGCCGCAGUCGUGCACCACAUGAAGAAGCUCCACAUGAACCUGCACAGCGUCCGUCCAGAGGUGGAGAACAGGCCACCAGUGUCCCCAGGCCCCGAAGCCUCCAGACCAGGCUCCCAUGACAGCACCAUCACGGAGGCCCCUGUCCUGGACCCGAGCACCCCCCUCCCUGCACUGACCCGACUGCCCUGCCCACACAGCUCCCGGCCAGCAGCCCCUGGAGGCCGCUCACUCAACUGUCUGGUCAACGGCUCCCUGCGCAUCAGCAGCAGCCUGGUGCCCAUGCAGCAGGGGCCCCUGGCCACUGGGCCCUGCGGCUGCUGCUCCAGCUGCCUUAACAUCGGGAACAAAGAGAAGUCCUCCUACUGCUCAGAGCCCACCCUCCUAAGAAAGGCCAACAAAAAACAGAAUUUCAAGUCAGAGGUCAUGGUGUCAGUGAAAGCCGGCGGCAGCUCCCACUGCCGGGCUGGGCAGACUGGAGUCUGCCUCAUCAUGUGAUCCUGGGAAUCCGUGCAGUUUUCAGGUUUGUCUGACUCUUCUCUGCCUUUCCAACCUGGCGCCUGCCCUGCAGAGGGAGGACGGGAGCAACAGAGCUGGCUGGAGUGGCUUCGAGGCUUCUGGUCUGAAGCAGUCACUCGCUACUGCUGCCUGGGGACUCACAGAAGGUCCCAAAGGAUCCCCAAGGCCUGAAAGUUCCUGAGGUGUGGCCAAGAGGAGGUGCAUCCCAGCCUCCAGGUCUCCCAACCUGCCCCUUCCACGUCCCCACACCCUACGUGCCAUGGCAUGGCUCUGUGCCGUGUUUGUAGAUAGCGCUCUCCUGGGUCUGUGUUGUCGUGAAAAGCUUAGUGGGCUGGCCGGGCUGUGCCACCUUCCCUGGGCAAAGCCAUGUGGAGUCUCACUCCGACCUCCAGCUCUGCACACCGGCUCCUGCCUCCUUGGCCUCUGGCCUCGUGGCCAGCCUGGACUCAGAAUUGUAGCUACCUGCCCAUCAGCAUGAAUGCUGGGCUGCUCCUCAGUGGCCUGGGGGGACUCACAGCUCUAGGCCUUCCCUCCAGGAUUAGCUUCCCACUGCACCGAGACCCAGAACACUCCACAGUUCUCCCUCAGCCUCACAGCAGCGCCCUGUCUUCCAGAGAGAAAGCCAAGUCUGGGACCGUGAGCACCUCUCUCCCAACCACACACCUCACAUCCCCUAAGCGCAGAUACGAGGAGCUGUUUCCAUUUCAUCCAGGAAUUCUGCCUCUGCCCCCCUCCUUCCCCUGAAGGUCGGGGCAUCCUUCUGUCCGUGUUCUUGACUUCACGCCCUUCAGCUUCAUGCUCCUUAUGCUCAAUAAAAUGGAUAUUUUUCUCUA